GGCGCCGCUUCCAACUGUGUUCACACGGAGCCGUGUAAGGCCGCCGAUACACUUCCGAUUUCACUGUGCGAUUGUCACUUGUUUGCAUUUCAAAAUUAAUCAACCGAACAAUAGAUGACAGCAGUCAUUUGUAAACAUAUGAUAACAAACAAUGCUUCAUUAAAUAUUGUGUUUUGUGGACUAUACAUAGUUUAAUAAAAUAGUUCUUGUCUAAAAUAAUUUCGGGAAGUAAACAGCUCAACACAUCGAAACAUCUCUCCCUAUCAAACGUAAUAGGAAAGAUAAAGUUAUGCGUCUAGACACGGUUCCCACACGAAUUUUCUCGAAGGAAAAAUGUCAGAUGGCGGUACCAAUAUAACGCACGCGUUGACCAACCUUUUCGAAGAAAUGUUACUAGCCACGGAGGUGGAGCAUGAAAACAAGAGUUCCAUAGAUCUGUCUCAGUUUCUCUCAGCUUUGAAAGAGCAGUCUUCGAAGAACAGUAGCCAUGAGCCCUUGGAUUUUGGGACGUUGGUCAAACUCGUGGAUGGCUGGAGAAGCCGGCUGAACCUGACGAAAAGUACCGAGAUAAGCUGCGACUACUGUGAGGGUAACUUCCGAGACAUCAUCUUGGCAUAUAAUGGUAUUCAUGGAUACCUGAGCCUUAUCGUUUGUUUCUUCGGAAGCCUAGCAAAUGCGCUGAACGUGGCAGUGCUGACCCGCCGGGACCUAGCAGCUGCUCCCAUCAACCGGCUGCUCAAGUGGUUGGCGGUGGCUGAUGUCUUCGUCAUGAUGGAGUACGUCCCCUUCGCUAUCUACAGGUACCUGAUUCUGCCCGGUCAACGCGAGAUGCCGUACAAGUGGGCGGCGUAUCUUUUGUUCCACAUGCACUUUGCCCAGAUCUUCCACACGGCGUCAAUAUGCCUCACUCUUUCUCUCGCUGUAUGGAGAUACGUCGCCAUAAAGUAUUCUGACAGGAACCAUAUUCUGUGCACAGAGCGGCGAUGUAGCACAGCUAUUGUCAGCAGUUUCAUCCUACCUCCAAUACUAUGCAUACCUACAUUUAUGGUCUUCGACAUUCACACGACCGUGGUGCUUGAACCGACGGGGCCGAUGAUAUUGUACUACGUCGACUCGGAUCCUGAAGGCCAGUUAUACCAAAUCAAUUUUUGGGUGCACGCAGUUGGCAUCAAGCUCCUACCAUGUUGCAUCUUGACAAUUAUAAGUCUAUGGUUGAUAAGAGAGGUGUACAGCGCGAAUCAGCACCAAAAGAAAGUGCGCGUGUACAACGCGUGUCCAACUAAUAAUAAGACAGUGAAAAGGCAAUGCAAAGCGGAUAGAAGAACUAAUAGGACGACAAAGAUGUUGGUAGCCGUUCUUCUUCUGUUCCUCGCUACGGAGCUGCCCCAAGGUAUAUUGGGGUUGAUGAGUGGAUUAUUAGGAAGAUGUUUCUUUAAGAGAUGUUACGAUUUGUUCGGAGAGUUGAUGGACGCACUCGCUCUUCUCAACGGAGCUAUUAACUUCGUGCUGUACUGUUCGAUGUCCCGACAGUUUAGAAUGACUUUCGGCCAGAUGGUGUGGAGAUCACAUCUGCACAAGUGGCCUCCGCCAACAGCUUCACAUUCCGAUGGACAGAACACAGCCAAGACAUCAGUUCCGUGAGGAAGGAUGGUACAAGAGAAACGCGCAAGUGUGCUGCAGCAGUUCCUGUAAAUAUUAAAUAUCAAAUUAAUAAUAUGCAACUUUAUCUAGAUAAUAAUAAAAAUAUGUUGUACUCAUAUUAUGAAAAUAAAAAUUUGUUAUUUAAUAUCCCUGUCAUAAAAGUUUGCAAAUUACAUGGGUUUAAUCACAGAAAUCUGAACACUAAAACGUUUGAUUUUCAUAUAUACUAUACGGUAAAAAUGGACUAGAAAUUAACUGUAUGCUUGUAAACAUAUAAAAGUACACAUUACUGUUAAGUACGUUUGAACUUAACUUACUAAACAGUAAUGUGUACUUUAAAACGAAUCAUACAACACUCGCAGUUUUUCGUAGUCGUUAAACUGUAAAAUAAAUCUCAGAAUUGAAAUGCAAUAUGAGAAAGUGUUACAACCAUCAGUUGUGAUGUCUCAUCCACCAGUAGAUUACAGUAGUACAGUUACCAGUAGUACAUACCAUUUCCAUAGUCUUAAAUUAUUUCCAAAAAUACUAAAUCUAAAACGGUUUUAGUUUAAGCUUUUAGAGAUCUCAAUGCUAACUUGUCAAAUUCAGGCAAAUGAACCUGAAUGGCUAUUUUUACCACUUAUUAAUUACCACGUUAAAAUAUAUAUUUUGUUGCAUAAAAUAAAAAUAAACGUCCAAUAUGCAUAAGCAUAUUUUAGCAUAAUAAUGAGUAGGAGGUAUAAAAUAAAAUAAUAGGAUAAGAUGGAAGUACCUAUUUUAUUAAUUAAGUAUAAAAUACAUGAUGAACAAAUAUCUUAUAUCAUUGCUUAUUAAAAAAAACUACAAUAACAAACUGUAGACUUCAAUAAGCUCGUUUGAAAUAAUGUUUACAGACUUUUCCCUUUAAGGUACAGGCAACUGCAUUUGAACCUACCCAAAUUCAGCCACUGUUAAUUGCGGUGUAUGACAUGCGGUUGACUGUAGCUACUUACUUUGUCCCGGAUUCGAUCUCCGGCCAUUGUAUUUUCAAAUCAACCUAGAUCUUUCAUGUUAGAAUAAAUAUGUGCCUAUUUAUUUUUAAAAUAAUAUCAUUUCCUGCGUAGAAAAGGUUUCUGAAUUAUAAUAAUACUACAGAACUGGCAAUGUCACUCGAUUAUUGGAUCCUUUUGACGGAAAAAAAAUAAUAUUACUCUAGCCUUCGUGUGUAUGACAUAUUUUCGGUCCAAGACAUCUUUAUUUAUUCCAAAGGGUUGAUGCCAUAGAAUAAAAAUAUACAGAAGGGCUGUAAUCGCUUAAAAUCAUAUACAUUUUCUUUAGAACCUUAGUUAUAUUUUUAGUCUUUGUAAUAUAAUCUAAAGAUAAAAUUUACUGUUCAUGUUGAAAAAUUUUCCUUUUUUUUGGAAAUCAUAAAUUUCCUGUCAGUUGUUAUGUCUAAGAACAACGAUGUACUCUGUCUAUUCUUUCGGAAAAGAGAUGAGUUUCUUUAUAUAUUAACUGUAAUGUCCAAAUAAAUUAAAUCAUAUUUCAAUAUGGUUUCCGCUGAUGUAAAAGGUGCCAAGUGUGUAAAUAAUAAUUAUGAAUAUAUAUAAUACCUAGUUGCAUUCUUUACAAGCAUAUAUUUAAUUAAAUACAUGAAAACAGUGUAAAUUUAAUAUAAUUUGAUAAAAUUUAAUAAAUGAUAUUGGUUUUAUUUUUUAACCUCAAUGAUAACUAUUGUUAUUGUUUAUUUUUGUAAUUUAAUCAUUGUUAAAUAAUGUAAAAGCUGCCAGUUACAGAAAAUAAAUAAAUAAACUUUCUUAUGUUAUUUAGUUGUGCUAUACGUUGUGAAGCUAUUUCAAGUGAAUAAAAUUUUAUUUAAACAAGGUAUAGUAGUAAUAAAACUUUAAAAAUUCUUAUUUUAUUAAAAUAAUAUUAUUGAUGGGUGGAUAUUAUGUAUAGUCUUAACGCUGGACGCCUCAAAACAUAUUUCUUUAUAUUUUUGUAGCUUACCUAAAUACAACCUCCUUUUCAAAAAUUUGCUUUAUUCAUCCUUGACAUAUUGAAAUGUCUUGACAGCUUACAUAGAGAGUAGGUAUCCUUUUUAUUAAACGGUUUUAUAAUUGUUAUUUAUAGAUUAUCACCUUAUGAUGCGUCAGUAAGUCUUAUUUUUUUAUCAUAUUCCAAUCACCAAACAGUAUUUUUUUAAAUACUAUUAAUUAUGUAAUUUUUUAUUUAUCACUAGGUGCAUAAAAUCUCCUGGUAUUUCUGUCUAUAUGUAUGCGCUAAUCUCGGAAGUUGUGGACAGAUUUUGUUCCUAUUUAAAAUGUUGGAAAGAGGAUUUUCUGAGGAAGGUUUAUAUCUCUAAAUGCUACCCAUGCGAAGCCGGGGCGGGUAGUCAAUAUAUCUAGGCAGAUCAGCUAUUGUAUAGCGGAAUUUUCAACGGAUCUUUAUAAUAAUCAAUGCAUGUAAAAAAGAAAAUUGGUCUUUCUUAAAUAUAACCUUACAUUGUUGUGUAGUAUAUUUGCUAAUGCUAGUCUAAACUGUGCUAGCAAUAACGGUUUAUAAUUUUAAUUUUAUACAACAAAUAUAGAAUAAAGAUAUAAAUAAAUAUAUUGUACAAUUUUUGAAGGCCCUAAUUAUGAUGAGUUACUUUUUAAAAUUGCUCAAAAGGUUAGAAGCUUUUUUCGUAUAAGUGGUUAAUCGGAUGUCACCUUAUGUGUAAAUGUGUACCUGUCUAAAAUUUAUAUUUAAUAUAUCUCAAUAUGAAAAAUACAGACUGUGUAUUACAUGUUGUAAGAUAGUGUCGUAAGUACUGUUACAUUGUUCGCUUCUUAGCUCUUAAGUGUUUAAAUCUCUACCUACCUUAAUUUUUAUAAGGUCUAUAUUCGAAGUAUUGGAUGUUUCUCUUGUACAUGUAUGUGUAACUAUAUUUUCUUCGAAAAAACAGCGAGAAGUUAAAAAUACAAUAAUAGUAGAAGUGCCAAGC